AUGAUUCUAAAUCUAUCUACUUCUUCAUUCUCUCCUUCACUUCCUCACCCUUCUUUCAAACCCUCCGAAACUUGUUCCAACCGCCACAACCCUCUUCUCAUUUUCACCACUUCCUCGCCUCACAAACCUUCCAAAUUUCUCAAUCUCAAAGCCUCCGUUAGCCGCAAUGAAACCUCAAACUCCAAUCUAUUGGAUCAACAGCUUCUUCACCGAAUCGCCGCCAACGCCAAAGACGCCGACGAAGCAUUGCGGUUAAUCGCCGAUUACUCUUCCGAAAACUCCGGCGUCGUUUCUGUCUCUGAUUGUUGCUCUAUUAUCUCCGCCUCGCUUGAACGGAAUAAUCACCAACUCGCUUUGUCCGUUUUCUACUCCAUGCGCUCCACUUUUCAUCAAGUUGAUGAGAAUGAUCCUUUAGUGGAGAGAUGGAAGUGGUCGAGGCCGAAUGCACGUGUUUAUACAAUGUUGAUUCAGGGUUUGGCUGCAUCUUUGAGGGUUUCAGAUGCUCUUAGUGUGGUUAAGUAUAUUUGUGAGGUCGGCGUGUCUCCUUCUGAAGAGGUUCCGUUUGGGAAGAUAGUGAGGUGUCCUAGUUGUCGGAUAGCUGUUGCAGUUGCACAGCCACAGCAAGGUAUUCAGAUAGUAUCUUGUGCAAAGUGUCGCUACCAAUAUGAACUUAUUUCAGGAAACAUAAUCAGUAUUCAAUCAGAAGAAAUCAGCAUGGACAUUACAGCAUGGGAAAAGGGGUUAAGAUUCCUGAGACUGAUGAAGCAAAGCAUUCCUUCUGCUGUCCACUCUAUUGUGGUGGAGACCCCUUCAGGAAUGGCUCGUACUCACAGAUUUGCAACUGAGACAGUUGAUCUACCAGCACAAGAAGGCGAAAGGGUUACUGUUGCUGUGGCAGCUCCAUCAAAUGUAUAUAAAAAUCUAGGCCCCUUUAAAUUAAGUUCAAGGGCACCAAAUUUCUAUCCUGGUGAGGCUAUGUGCAUAACAAACCACAAAGAUGGACGGGAAUCACGUCUUGUACGAGCCCCUAGGAAAGAUGAAAAUUCAUCAUUACUUAAACCUUCCAUCCUCUUUCCACUUCUUGCUUUGUUUGCCACCGGCGAUGCUGCCUCUGGAUUUAUUGACCCCAGUCUGCCUCAAUUCCUAUCAGUUGUUGCAGUUUCAUCUCUUGCUGUUGGCUCUGCUUUGAAUUCCUUUGUUAUCCCCCAGCUUAAUCAGCUGCCGCAAAGAUCAGUGGAAGUAGUUGCUAUCAAACAACGUCUUUUAUCUCAAUAUGACGUGCUUCAGUCUCGCAUCAAUGACCUAAAAGAAGCUGCUGAAAAAGAGGUUUGGAUGUUAGCCCGGAUGUGCCAACUUGAAAAUAAAAUUUCUGCUGUUGGAGAACCUUCUUAUCGGACUCGGAUAAGUAAAGUCAAAAGGGUCCGAGAGAGCUUGCAGAACUCCCUUCGGGGACAAAUUGAAUUGAUUGCUAGCUUUGCUAGGAUUUCCUCAAUGAUUGAAAUUGAAGUGGAGAUGGAAACUGAUGUUCUUGCUGCAGAAACUACUAGUGAUGUGGAUGGUUUCACAGAACAGAUAGAGCAAAUCAUGGAGCUUGAAAAUUUAGAGGAGAGAUGGAAAAUGCAAGCAGAAGCAAAUGAUGAGGCCGAAAGACUUCUUAGCUCCCAGCCCCUGCCCUUAGAUGAUGUUUAA